AUGGCAUCCCCACUACCGAACACGCUGCUCCGGCGGGACCUGAGCAUAGAGCAAAAGUUUGAGCAAUUAAUGUCGGAUAAUCCAUUGGGCGCCUCGGUAUCCCAAGAUUCAGUCCUUAUCGCUAUCGGCACAUCCUUUGGCAUCACCGCCGCCAUCUUCGUACUUUUCCUCCUACUACGCCCUUUUAAUACCAUUGUUUACGCGCCCCGUCUCCGACAUACCGACGAGAAACACCGACCGCCGCCUCUGGACAAGUCACUGUUUGCGUGGUAUCACCCCGUGUUCAAGACAAACGAACCCGAGUAUGUCGAGAAGAUUGGGCUCGAUGCGACCAUCUUCCUACGCUUUGCGCGCAUGUGCAGGAACAUGUUCGUUGUGCUUGCCAUUGUCGCCUGUGCCAUCAUAGUCCCUGUCAACGUAAUAAAGUCGGUCGAGUUCCAGAAGAACUUUGACGGAGACAUGUCGAGCAAGGCCAUCUUCCUGAUGACGCCCAGGGAUUUAUUCGGUCAGGUCUUCUGGGCUUUCGUCGUCUUGGCAUACGUUAUCGACAUCAUUGUGUGCGGCUUCUUGUGGUGGAUGUACCGUGCUGUGCAUCGGCUGAGACGCCAGUACCUGGAGCACCCGGACUACCAAAACAGUCUGUAUGCACGCACGCUGAUGAUCACGGACGUUGGCCGCAGCUUUCGGAGCGACCAAGGUAUUGUAGAGAUCACGGAUAGCUUGAAGACUACGCCCGAGGUGCCCCGCGCGUCCGUUGGACGCAAUGUGAAGGAUAUCCCGGACCUGAUCGAAGCGCACGAAGAAGCUGUCAUCGAACUAGAAAAGAUUCUGGCCAAAUACCUGAAAAACCCCAACAAGCUCCCUGCCGAACGCCCACUCUGCACCCCCUCGAAGAAAGACCCAGAGUACACCGACCGAACGCAAAAGGUGGACGCAAUCGACUACCUCACAGCACGCAUCAAGCGCCUGGAAACUCAGAUCAAAGAAGUCCGCGAAACGAUCGAUAAGCGCGAUGCUCUGUCAUAUGGAUUCGCUAGUUACGAGACCAUCGACUCCGCACACAUGGUCGCCUUCGCAGCCCGCAGCAAACACGUCAAGGGCACCACUGUGCGCCUCGCCCCCAAACCCAAGGAUAUCAUCUGGAAGAACCUGACUCUGGAUCCUAAAACGCGCCGCUGGAGGCGUAUCGUAAACAACUUCUGGAUCACGCUGCUCACCCUGCUAUACUUCAUCCCCAACGCCCUCAUCGCUGUUUUCCUCUCCAAGCUCAGCAAUCUCGGUUUCGUAUGGCCAGAAUUCCAGGUCGAACUAGGCAAACACUCUGAUUUCUGGGCCGUGGUACAGGGUCUCGCUGCGCCUGCUCUAACGUCGCUGUUCUACUACUUCCUGCCCAUCAUCUUCCGGCGUCUGAGUAUCAAAGCAGGUGAUUUGACAAAGACGAGUCGGGAACGACACGUGACGGCGCAAUUAUACGCCUUCUUCGUCUUCAACAACCUCUUCGUCUUCUCGCUCUUCAGCGCCGUGUUUGGCAUGGUCGUCAUGAUUGUCAAUCUCGCGGCUGAGCAGCACGUCCCGUUUAUGGAUAUCCUGCGUCAGAUUGCUUUCUUCGACACGACUAUGCGCACGCUGUGUGAAGUCAGUCCGUUUUGGGUUACAUGGCUUGUGCAGCGCAAUCUGGGUGCUGCGAUUGAUCUCGCGCAAGCUGUGAACCUCGCGUGGGGCAGUUUUUCGCGCAAGUUUUUGAAUCCGACGCCCAGGGAACUUAUCUCGAGGACUGCGCCACCGCCGUUUGAUUAUGCGAGUUAUUAUAACUACUUUUUGUUUUACUCGACGGUGGCGUUGUGUUUUGCGCCUUUGCAACCCAUCACCCUGGUUAUUGUUGCCAUUUACUUUACGUUGGAUAGUUGGAUGAAGAAGUAUCUCUUGAUGUACGUCUUCUGCACGAAGAAUGAAUCCGGCGGCGCAUUCUGGCGCGUUCUCUUCAACCGCAUGCUUGUCGGCACUUUUCUGUCAAACUGCAUCGUCGCCCUCCUCGUCGUCGCCCGCGGCUACGAACACAAAUGGAAGAUGCUGGCUGCCAUGGCCCCCUUGCCCCUUGGUCUCAUCGCCUUCAAAUUCUACUGCAAGAACACUUUUGACCACUCGCUCAAAUAUUACACCCAAGGCACUAGAGCAAAGGGCACCGAAGCCCCGACCCCCAUCGACAAGGAGUCUCGCCGCAGAGACCGUGUCGCGGUGCGCUUUGGGCACCCCGCGCUGUACCAGAAGUUGACUGUGCCAAUGGUGCAUGAGAAGAGUAAGCACCUCCUCGCAGAAAUCUACCGCGGGCGUCUCGACGGCGAUAUCGGCGACAGCGCGGCUUUUAGCGACAUUUACAUGAAGCGUAUGAGCAAAGAGCAUCCUGGGAAGAUGGCGACAUCAACAACUGCCGCCGCUAGUGCGCCUGCGCCGUUUGAGUUUGUGUCCGAGUCGAAUAUGGAUUUUGAGAAUUACAAAAAUCGGCCCGAGUUUAGCGAUGAACAUGGUGGCGAGGGUUCGGUCUACGGCGGCAGCACAGUCGGUGGCGGAGGAAGACCUGAUAGCCCUGCUGGUAGUAGCCAUUGGGGACGUGGUAGCGAAAGGGGCCGUCCUUCCAGUCAGGACUCACAGCGCACUUUUAAUAAUGGAGAGGACCCUGGUGUCUUGUAUCCCCAGGGGUAUCACCAGACGCCUAGUGCACUGAGGGAGUAUAGUCCCAGUCCUAGUCUUGAUCUGAGGGGCGUGGAUUCUAGAGACGCGAGUCCUUAUUAUGAGAUGGGCAAUAACAAUGACCAGGGGAGGUUGGUGUCGGGGGCGGCGCCCAUGGGAAGUAGUGGUGGUGCUGGAGGGAAUAGGGGGCAGGAGCAGUAUACGCCGUAUAGUCCUAGUAGGGAUGGGGCGAGGGAUUACUUCGCGCGGUGA